AUGUUUUCCCAGAGGGCGGUACAGACGUCCAUGCGACGACUCGCUACGAUACGACCAACGAACUCCUCAACGCGAAUGUUAAGCCCUGCAGCCAUUGCAACUGGCCAAAUAAGAACCGCUGAAGAGCCAUAUCAAGAUAGAGAGCAAGAACAUGCACUGACACUACUUCCUCUUAGACUUGCAGCAACCAGCCCAACAUCGACCUCAUUACCCGUCUCGAGCGAGGAAGCCAACAAGCUGCUCGCAAGCCAACGCAAGAACCGACCUGUUUCACCUCACUUAGGAAUUUACAGACCGCAAGUAACAUGGAUCCCCUCAGCCAUGAACCGAGUCACCGGAAGCAUCCUCUCCGGUGGUCUGUACAUCUUCGGCUUUGCAUACCUCGUCGCUCCUGCUUUCGGAUGGCAUUUGGAGAGUGCAACCAUGGCCGCAACCGUCGCUGCUUGGCCAGUAGCUGCAAAAGUCGCGACAAAGUUCUUGAUCGCAUGGCCAUUCACGUUCCACAGCUUCAACGGGCUGAGGCAUUUGACUUGGGAUUUGGGAGCAGUUUUGACAAAUAAACAGGUCAUUGUGACUGGGUGGACUGUGAUUGCUCUGAGUUUCGUGACUGCUCUUGGUUUGACUUUCUACUAG